CUGGGUCUUCUCUAGAACCGUGCUGCACUGAAUGUCGUCCUGAGUCACGUUUGUUUUGUUAUUAAUGCUGCAGGAUCUUCCCAAACCAAUCAGAGCCAACUUCAUCCUCGACGUGGAGACGGACGAGCUGUCCAUUACUGCUGGGCUGCAGGACCGAGUCGUGCAGGUGUAUGAAGGCUUGGUGUACAUGGAUUUCAGCAAGGAGCUCAUGGAAGAGCACGGCUUCGGAGCCUACAUUCCCAUGGACAUGAGUGACCUUCCUCCGUUCUGGCUGGCCUACCUGAGCGACCCCAGUGAUUCUGGCCGUAUCCAUAGCAACAUCCGACAGCGCUGGCUCAGUGGUACGUCUCCAAAUCAGACGUUGAUCUUCUGAAGGCAGGAGGUGUCGAAUGGUGUCGACGUUACAGGUGCUCAGCAGAUGAAUCCUACUGAUGGUGAUGCUCUCGCCAUUUCCUGCUGUACGGGUGCUCUGUAGUCAUGUGACGUAUUUCAUCAGUAUCAGCUCAGAUGGAGUGAGUCCAGUUAACGUGACCAAAACUAGUGACAUUCCCACCACACUCUUAUUUUGGAGUAACCCCACUAUUUAAACCCAUUGCUGCUGUUCGCUGGCAGGAACCAUCCUGAUACAAAGUCUGUGUUUUCUACAAAUAAGCCUUUGAAACCAAAAGCCUCCAAGCUCAGGUCCAGGUGAUCUCUGCAGGGCAGAAACUCAGCUCCAGCUCUACACACU